AUGCGCAGCACGUUGGCGUCGGUCUUCGAAGGAGGCAGACGUUCUGAAGCUCAAGCCGUGUUGCGUGAAAGUUUCUGUGACAGAUUCGAACGGCUUACUCGUGAGUUCACGGAAUGGUGCACGGCGCCCUACAUCGCAGAAGACGACGAAGGUGAUGAUGAGAGCACAGCAGAGGAGACGGAUCAAUCGAAGCCAAAGGCUGCUGAGAAUCUCGAAAGGCCCCUGCUGCAGCGGCUGGUCAACAGCAAUGGCUUCGAGGCGUGCAGCAUGAUGUCCAUCAUCCUUUGUAUGUUCUUUCUUGGUGCUGAUGCGGCUUGCUUCACAUGCCAAGACGGCACCAAGGUCUUCUACGAAGUGAUGAAUCAGCUCUUUGUUUUUGCCUUCUUGGUUGAAUGGUGCCUUCGUGUGGCGAAGGAUGGCAAGAAAUACUUCCUGCCGUUGAAGGCUGAGCACGUAUUGGAUACGCUGAUCGUUUGGGUCUGUGGUGUACUUCUUGGGUGGAUCAUUCCCUUGACGCUUCAAGAUGUGAAGCGAAGCCCGAUCACUCAGUCCUUGAAUGUCUUGCGAAGUAUGCGAACCCUGCGAUUUUUCGCGUUCUUGAAGAAUUUCGAUACCUUCAAGAUGUUGCUGGCGGGCUUACUGGGCACCAUCUCCACAUUGGCCGCCUGCGUCAUCUUGCUGGCCAUGCUGGACCUUCUGUUCGGUAUCAUCGCCAUCGAACUCAUCGGCCGCUUCGAACCUUGGGGGCUGGCAGAACGAGGUACGGCUGCCUGGAACUUUCAAAAUGGCCUGAUUCCGAGCUGCAUGGCCAUGACCCGCUUCAUUUUUUGGGACAAUGCCAGCGACUUUCUCGCGGAGCUGUUGGAGAAGCAGCCCUACAUUUGGAUCUUCUGUUUCUGCUACAUUGCAAUCUCCGCCUAUGUCAUCCUGAAUUUGGUAACCGCAGUGAUUUGUCGCAAGGCCCAAUCCAUGAGUCAGGCCAACUUGGCGGAGCGAGCGAAAGAAGUUCGAGAGGAAGAAAAGAAAACCCUCAAGGACUUGAAGAACCUCUUCCUGAAAUUGGACGCAGAUGGAAGCGGCCAGGUCUCCUUCGAAGAGUUUGAUGCCGCCUUCAGAAUUCCGGAAAUCAGGUACAAGUUUGUUGUCUUGGGCUUUGAUGAAGAAGAAGCCAAGCGUCUUUUCAAGGUCCUGGAUGCGGAUGGUGAAGGAGAACUCAGUGUGUCUGAGUUCACCAAAGGU